GAAAAGAGUGGGGGUUAAAGAAACAAGACUCAACUACUCUCAACACACACAAGCGUUGAAUUCGUGUGUUUAUUUCACAAACCCUUCAUUGAUUCCAUUCUUCAAUCCAAAUUCACACUUAAACACCUAUGUUCUUCUACUCCGAACCCGAACCAACACUUCAGAGACAACCAUGAGUUCUGACUCUCCCGUUAGCAGCCGUUGUUCUUACGAAAGAUCAAAUUUCAAUGACGUUUAUGGCGGCAUCGGGGGCACAAUGCUCCCGACAUUCCUUAACGAUCUACACCGCAACAACAAUGAUCAGGACCUAGUGGAAGUCACGUUGCAGUUGGAAGACGAUUCCAUUAUUCUAUGCAAUGUGACUCCAUCUGUAAACAAUUCUAAUUAUCAUCAUGAUCAUGUCGCUUUACAAUUGUCACCAAAUGCUAGUGUCAAGUCUAAGCUUUGUAGGAAGUUCUCGUGGCUGUCGUCGUCGGCAUCUUCUUCACGAGCUUCUUCGCUUUCUGAUGCGAGUGUGGAGCGUGUUGUUGCGUCAAGAGAUGCUAGGAAAAUGAAAGCACAGCUGAUUCGAACGAAAUCUAGCGCCCAACGAGCGCUAGGGGGUUUGCGGUUUAUCAGUAAAACUACAAACACGGAGGAUGUUAAUGAGUUGUGGAGAAACGUUGAGUCGCGAUUUGUGAGCCUUGUUAAAGAGGAUGGGUUACUAGCGCGAGAAGAUUUCGCCGAAUGUAUAGGAAUGGCGGAUUCGAAGGAAUUUGCGGUGGGAGUUUUCGAUGCAUUGGCGAGAAGAAGGCAGCAGAAAUUGGGGAAGAUCACAAAAGAAGAGCUUCAUGAAUUUUGGUUACAGAUAUCCGAUCAGAGCUUCGACGCGCGUCUGCAGAUUUUCUUCGAUAUGGCCGACAGCAACGAAGAUGGAAGGAUUACGAGGGACGAGAUACAAGAGCUGCUCGUGCUUAGCGCUUCAGCAAAUAGAUUGUCAAAGUUGAAAGAAGAAGCCGAGGAAUACGCUUCUUUAAUCAUGGAAGAACUUGACCCUGAAAAUCUUGGUUAUAUUGAGUUAUGGCAGUUGGAAACACUUUUACUACAAAGAGAAGUUUACAUGAACUACAGUAGACCUCUAAGCAUACCAAGUGGAGGGUGGAGCCAGAAUUUGAGUUCACUGAAGCCAAAAAGCAUCGUCCAUCGGCUAAGUCAUUUCGUGAGGUGGGCAUUGAUCGAAAACUGGCAAAGAAGUUGGGUUUUGCUGCUAUGGUUUCUAGCCAUGGCAUGGUUAUUUUCUUGGAAAUUUAAGCAAUAUAAACACAAGGCGGCGUUUCAGGUGAUGGGUUAUUGUUUAACCACUGCUAAAGGGGCUGCCGAGACUCUCAAACUCAAUAUGGCUCUUAUUCUUCUACCCGUUUGUAGAAACAUGCUAACGGUUUUAAGGUCUACACGAGCCUGUUUCUUCAUUCCUUUCGAUGACAAUAUCAACUUUCACAAGACAAUUGCUUUCGCUAUAGCCGUUGGAAUCGUUUUGCACGUUGGAAAUCAUAUGAUUUGUGAUUUCCCUCGGUUGGUAAACUCUUCGCCAGAAAAGUUUGCUCUCAUAGCAUCAGAUUUUCAUGACAAAAAGCCGACAUACAAGGAAUUAGUAGCCGGUGUGGAAGGUGUGACUGGAAUUUCUAUGCUGAUAUUGAUGGCCUUCGCUUUCACUCUAGCUUCAAAAUAUUUUAGGAAAAAUCAGUUAAAACUGCCAUCACCAUUUAACCGGUUGACAGGAUUCAAUGCAUUUUGGUUUUCACAUCAUCUUUUUGGUUUGGUGUACAUACUGCUCAUCAUUCACGGGUCAUUCUUGUUCUUGGCUCAUAAGUGGACUGAGAAAACGACAUGGAUGUAUAUCUCCGUCCCAAUCUUAAUAUAUGCAGCCGAGCGGAGUUUGAGAACAGGACGGUCAGAACACUACUCUGCUAAAAUCAUAAAGGUUUCCAACCUUCCAGGAGAUGUAUUCAGCAUAAUUAUGUCUAAACCGAACGGAUUUAAAUACAGGAGUGGGCAGUAUAUAUUUCUGCAGUGCCCUUCAAUCUCUCCAUUCGAAUGGCACCCGUUUUCAAUUACUUCGUCACCAGGAGACGAUUACCUCAGUGUUCACAUCCGGACAGUUGGAGACUGGACAAAAGAAUUAAAGGAAGUGUUGACGGAUGAUAAUGGUUCAGCGUGUACAAUUGGACGCGCCAAAUUUAGGAAGCUAGGGGAGGUCAAUUCGAAAGGUUUACCCAAGCUACUGUUGGAUGGACCUUACGGUGCACCAGCGCAAGACUACCGGAACUACGAUGUGUUACUUCUUGUGGGAUUAGGAAUUGGAGCUACUCCUUUCAUAAGUAUUCUAAGAGACUUGUUAAACAAUAACCGGACGUUAGAAGACCAAACAGAUUCAAACACGGAAACGAGUAUUUCAGGCGAUAGUCUUCUGAGUCUAGCAUCUUCAAAUAUGGCAUCAACAACUGAAAAGAAGAAAUCAAGAAGGGCUAAGAGUGCAAAUUUUUAUUGGGUCACUAGGGAGCCCGGCUCGUUUGAAUGGUUCAAAGGAGUCAUGAACGAAGUCGCUGAAAUGGAUCACAAAGGUCAAAUUGAGAUGCACAAUUAUCUAACAAGUGUUUAUGAGGAGGGUGAUGCAAGAUCAACUCUAAUAACUAUGGUUCAAGCACUUACACAUGCCAAACAUGGUGUUGACAUCCUAUCUGGCACUAGAGUAAGGACACAUUUUGCUAGACCAAAUUGGGGAGAGGUGUUCACCAAGGUAGCAUCAAAACAUCGGAAUACAACCGUAGGAGUAUUCUAUUGUGGGAUGCCGGUUUUGGCAAAGGAGUUGAAGAAAUUAUCAUACGAGAUGAGUCACAAGACAUCGACACGAUUUGAGUUCCACAAAGAGUAUUUCUAAAGUAAAAUCGCGUGUAACGUUGUACGUCUUAAUAUACAUACAUUUACAUUUUUUUAAGUACAAAAAGAAUGUAAAUUUGUACACUAUAGUAUACACCAGCUAGUAUAGAUCAACCUGUAUAACUUGAGAACCACAAUCAAGAAAAUGACAAAUAGACAUUA